GCCGCGGCUCAUGCUCGCCAAUGCCGUGCGUUGCAGCUGGGAUUCAGUCGUCGCCCCCUCCGUGUACCUCUUCGGCUUCACGAUCUACUUCCACCUGCUUGUGCACGUCACUUGCCGACCAAGCUCAUCCCGCUCUACCCGCUGGGCGUCUGCGGCAGCCAUGAGCUCCAAGAGGUCGCGGACUUCAUCCAGCGGCAUCGUGUGCAAGAUGGGCCCCAUCAUGGUGCUGGACCUCUGCGCGCUGCGCUGCCCGUCCGAGCUGACCUACGUCACGGAGCUGGCCCUCUGCCACCACCCGCACGUCACGAACACCGCGCUGCUGACCCCGACGCCGAUGGUGUCGCUGACGCUCUUCUGCAUGACUUUCGCCACGUCCCUGGAGCCGCCCGUGGCCGUGUUCCCCGUGGCGAUGCCGCGCCUGAAGCUCUUUGCAACGGUGCUGGACCGCUUCCCCAACACGUUCCUAUACAUGGAGCUGGGCCUCUUCCUCGGCGUCGCGCUGGCGCUCCUGAACCUGCUCUGCAUCCCACUGCCGCCGGUGGUGCUCAUCCUCGUGACGCUGGUGAUGUCCCCGAUGCUCGUCGGCCCGCCGUGCAUGCCGCUGCCGCUGGUGGCGCUCAACCUCGUGAUGUUCCUGUUUCGCGAGCCGCCGCUGCUGGUGGCGCCCGACCUCGUGCUGCUGGCGAUGCCCGCGCUGCUCUCCGUCCACUUGUCCGCGAAUGGCAUCGAGCUGACACUGCUGCCCGUGAUGAUGCCGCCGCUGGUGGCGACCCAGUCCCCGAAGACACCGCCGAGUGCGGCGAACAACAUGUUCUCGCAGCCGCCUUGCGUGGCGACCUUCCCGUACAAGAUCUUCCUGACCAUGAUCGAGAACACCUGCACGACAAUCCUCACGGACACUUGCAUGAAGUACACCUGCCUGGAGCACACCUGCAUGACAAUCCUCAAGUACACUCGCAUGAAGUACACCUGCAUGCCGUUCACCUGCACAGAGAACACCUGCAUGAAGACGCUCGCCGCGAUCCUUCCGAAGACGAUCGACAUGACUGGGCGGUCCCUGGCGUCGAGUACCUUCGUCGAUCCGACCUUCUUCAACUCCGCUGCUGCUGCACGGCUCAUGCUGAUCUGGCAGAUCGUCUGGUGGAUCCCGAAGAAGGCCUGCGUGGUGCUGCUCGUACCGUCCCGCCGCCUGGAGUGCCUGACGCUGUACCCCACACACAAGCUCCUCCUGCCACUGCCGCUGGUGGCGAACGACCCCGCCAGGAAGCCGCCCGUGCCUGUCCCGAAGAAGCCCUACAUGAUCCUGUUCAUGCCGUCCCGCCGCCUGGAGUGGCCGACGCUGUUCCCCACGAACAUGCUCUUCCUGCCGCUGCCGCUG